CUUGAAAUCAAGAACUCUAAAAUUUCCGAACUUAGAAGAGAGAAAGAUUUGCUUAUGGCUAGAAUCAUAGAAUUAGAACAAUCAGCAAAAGAAAGUGUAGAGAAUGAGAAGCAAAGUCGGAUAGAAAAUUCUAAGCUUAAGGGUAGAGUCGUGAAACUAGAACGUGAUAUCGAGGAGAUCAAACAGAAAUAA